AUGGAUGACUCCAUAAUAGAGGACUCGGUCAUGGAUGACUAUAGUGAUUCUGACGGCUUCUCACCUGUUGCAGCUCCUAAGGCCAAGGCCAAGGCUGCACCCAAGAAAGCUGCUGCCCCGAAGGCCCCAAAAGCCUCCAAGGCUGUCCCGAAAAAGACGGUUCAGACUACCUUAAAGAUGGCCAAAACCGCACCAAAGAAGCGUCCCAAGCCCGACAGCGACGACGACGAAGAUGGUUCCCCAUCUGCUGCCGACCCUUUCGACGAGGAAUCCAUGCUCUCCAAUACUCCACCAAGCGCGAAGAAGCAAAAGAAGGCCCCUGCUACAAAGAAAAAAAAAUAG